CUGAUCACUAGAAGCUCAAAAAUGGGUCAAUGGGUAAGCUCGUCUGUAAAUUCAUCUGUGCCUGACAAUGCCGUACGCGGUGGCUUUGACAAUGAUGGAACUCCGAUUUAUGUGGGUCGCUGUUCCUACAAGGGGAAUCAGCUUCCAGUCAAAGUGAUUCCAAGUAAACGAGCUGCUUCUAUAUCGCUGAACGGUAAGGUGCAUAAGAUCACAAAAUACGAACUGCUGGUUGGAAACUCAUUCGCUUGGGCUCCAUGCGAUAAUGGCCGUAUUCCAAGCAAGGCAGUAACCACUGGUAACACUAGGGACGGCGAACCUCUGUAUAUAGGCCGUGGUUUCCAUGCCAAUUCAUUGAUCGUCGGAAAGGUACAUCCAUCGCAUGGAUGCCUCUAUGUGCCUUAUGGCGGCAAUGAAAUUAGGCUUAGCUCUUAUGAAGUGCUAUUUAAAACUUGAAUUACAUUCAAAAAUAAAUAUAAUAUGCACAUUA